AUGAUGGAGGAUGAUGGGUAUGAUCCAACACGGACCCAAUUAUUGGACGACCCGGAAAAAGAAUAUCAACCCAUUUGUGUACAGCCUGGACAGUUUGGAGACUCCUUUUCAGACGAUCUGUCUGAUGAUGACGGCUCGGAGAACAAUGGUAUCACGGAUGAUGAGAUCUCAUCGCCAGAUCAGGAACCCGCUGCAGUGCAUGUCACACCGUCCCUUCAGCCAACAAAAUUUGAUCCUGGGUUUCACCACGCAGAUUCCGAAAACGCAACGCAUCCCAAUGCGCAUGAAGAUCAAGAGUACCGUGUUGAGCCUCUUCUAGAUGUCACUACCCCCGCCUAUGCACCCAGUCAUACUUACGGGUCACCUUCAGAAUCCCCCCUCACCUCCAGUGUUUCUGGAGGUUAUCCUUCUCCAGUUUCAAGCAUUCAGCCGACCAUUUUGACGAAAGAAGACCCAGAACAUACCUACCGACCUUCACUUAAAACCGAGACAGUUGCCACUCCAGGCUCUGAUUCAUCUGACCGCAUGGAAGCUCACAGUCCCAGGGACACAGUCAGCAGCCCACAACAAGCACCGGCGCUUGUUACAGCACAGCACUCCAAAUCCCCUCAUGACGUGAAUAAAGAUUUAUUUGAGGAUUUCGAUGAUGAUGAUAUUGAUGAUGACAAUAAGCUCAACGAGGAUUUUGAAGGUUUUGAACGAGAUGAACAACCAGAGUCUCAGGUUGACGGAAUCAUUGCUGACAUCUUUGGUGAAAGCGAUGCUGAAGAGGAGUUCGAGGGGUUUGCUGAGAACGAAGUUGAAAAGGAGCUAGAUGCAGAACCUGUUGCUCAGCCUACAGAACAUUCUGUAACCGACAAACAAACGGUUGGUUCCGAUGAUGAAGAAGGCGAAGGAGAGGACGAAUUUGUUUCGGACUUUGACCGAAUCAUGGCACGGAAGAGGGAGCAACUCAGCCGCAGGAGACGGCGUAAUAGGGAUAUUGAAUUCUUAAAUGACAGCGAUGACAUUAUUUUGUCUGUGAUUUCUCAAAUGAAAGAAGCCGCUGAGCAAGAUCGUCAGCUACUGUCUCAGAACAAACCAGCUACCAAGAAAUUGCGUAUGAUCACCAAUGUAACCUCCCUGUUGAGGAGAGCUGACCUUAAAGCUGCUCUGAUUGAUAAUGGAAUGUUGUCGGCAAUAACAGAUUGGCUGGCUCCGCUUCCGGGCCACACACUUCCAAAUCUGGUGAUCCGUGACACAAUGCUCACUUGUCUGCGAGAAUUUCAAAACCUUUCCCCCGAAACCCUUCAAGAUUCCGGAAUUGGAAAGGCCCUCAUGUAUUUAUACAAGCAUCCAAGGGAAACGCGAGAAAACAAGGAUCGCGCCGGACGACUUAUAAACGAGUGGUUGCGUCCCAUUUUCAAUCUGACGAGUGAUUAUCGCACAUUGACAAAAGAAGAACGGAAACAAUUGGACUACGAACAUUUGCCCAAGCGCCGCAAUAUUGAAUUGCUCCGUCCAAGUGAUCCAGGUUUCAUCAAACGUGCUCGCGUCCCACAACCAUCCAACAAAGAUUACAUAAUCCGACCGAAAUGGCGUGUGGGCGCUGGCGGGGGUGGUCGGGCUGGUGAUGAUAAUGAUGAAGAUGAUGAGGAGGGUGGAGACUCGGAAAAUCAACCCAUGUUUCGACGCAGACGGAAGGCAGGGGUGUCUGGAGGCUUCGGUACCUCAUCGCGAAUUGAAACCCAUAUACGCAACUUAGCUCAAACCGCGAAACAAAAGCGCGCCAAGGCUGCCCGUGCAGUCACAAUGAGCAUCGAAGGACGGAAACUGUCUUUGUAAUCUCUGUGUUGUCCAGUGUCGUCCGUUCUACUUGUCCAUGUGGACAACUGUACAGUACAUCUGUUCUGACUUUCGAACGGGGAAAUUUCCCCGGGGGCUUCUUCACAUCGAGUUCGAAGUCACUGGCGGCUCAUUUCUUUCAGUGAUUGAACUGCAUGUAUUUCUUUGUAAGAUACAAGUGGUUUC